UGACCCCUCAGGGCCCAGAAGCCAGGAUGGAGGCUCGGCCCCAGCCGGGAGGCCUCUGAAGCCUCUAGUGGGAACACCUGGCCUGGGGGAGGGCUUAAAGCCCGGGAGGGUGCAGGCAGGUGCCGGCAGCGCGGAGGCGAGCGCGGAGGCGAGCGCGGAGGCUCUGCCUGCCACCUCCUGCCCCAUCCGCCAUGUGGCCCUUCCUCAGCCGAGCUCUCUUCCCGCCCCCCACUGAGGCCUGGCUCAGCAGGGCUUCCUCAGACCCCGAGGCCCAGGGCUGGGGGGCCUGGAGCCGGGCCGAGAAGACCCCUCUGGGCCCGGGGGCUGGGGACAGGGAGGAGGAGGAGACGGGGGAAGCGGAAGAGCACGAGGAAGACGCAGGCUUCCUGCUGCCUCUCCUGGAGAGGGGGCACCUGGCCGAGUGCCCGUUACCUGACCAGGAGCUGGAAGCCAUCAAACUGAAGCUGUGGGCCAUGGAGCAGGCCCAGCGACCGAAGCCGCCCGGGGAGCAGGGCCCAGAGGGGGAAGAGGAAGACGCCACGGCCCUGCUGGCCGGGCAGCUGCUGAGCCCCGAGACAGACAGCCCCACGGAGGCGGUGGAGGCCGAUCACAGAUCCGUCUACGUGGGCAACGUGGACUACGGGGGCACAGCCCAGGAGCUGGAGGCCUAUUUCAACCACUGCGGGGAGAUCCAGCGGGUCACCAUCCUGUGCGACAAGUUCUCCGGACACCCCAAGGGGUGCUGCCCAAAAGAACCAAUUUACCAGGGAUCAGCUCCACGGACCGCGGGGGCCUUCGGGGACACCCAGGCGCCAGGGGGGGACCCUUCCCUCACAGCAACUUCCAGGGCGGGGCCCGUUUCAGACCACGGGGGUGGAACCGGGGGCGCGGAAGGUUCUCACCGUGGUAUUCACCGUAUUGAAGGGAGGGCCCGAUUUUGAGAGUGGGGCUGCGGCUGGGUCAGGAGUAGACAGCCGUGCUCCUCGUGGGACCAUUUACUCCGCGCAGAAUAACUAUCCGUCCCCCUU